GCUUUAAGAACAGGUAAGGGUGUGUCUCUCUCUCCUGCAUAAUACAGAGAGAGAGAGAGAGAGAGAGAGAGAGAGAGAACAGGUGUAUGAAGGGUGGAGGAGUAAACAGACACACAGAAAGGGGAAAAUGGAGGAAAUGAUCAGUAAACAGGAUUCAGGUGUGUGAAAGAGGACUCAGGCCCGUCCUCGUGCUCGGCUGCUGCUGCUGGAUUCUGAUUGGAUAUGACGGAUUUACUGAUUUAAUACCUUUAAUAUAAUAAACACUCAUUUACCGAGAGACUUCCUGCACUGAAAAGAUGAAGAGUGGAGUAAUAUUAUUCCUCCUGUUCUUCUUCCUCUCCUCUCUCUCAGCCGGUGCUGGAGGAGAGCAGGAGGAGGUGGUUUUUAUUGGAGAGAAGGGGAAGAGCAUCCUGCUGCCGUGUUUAGGACUUCCAGACAAAGCCUCCCUGCUGAGGAUCCAGUGGAAUAAGAGCGGGGAGAUCUUGGUCAGUCAUGUGAAUACUCAGCCCCUCAGCUCAGGUCACUUAUCCGUACUGAAGAACGGCAGCCUGAGCUUCACCAACCUGAUGCUGAUAGACGAGGCCGUGUACCGGUGUGUCCCCGUGCCCAGAAACGACAGCCUGUCCCGGAAUAUUCUUCUGCAGGUCGCUGAUGGUCCAGCCAUUUUAACAGCAGAUAUAAAACCAGCAACCAGGCUUUCGAACGGAACACUUUAUGUCCAGAAAGGCUCAGAUAUUUCAUUUGAAUGCUCCAGCGAGUCGUACCCCUUGCAGAAUCUGACAUGGGUUUUGGACAAUGCCAUAAAGGCGUCUAUCACUGGAUCAUCUCUAAACUUUAAAAUAAGCAACCUUCAACCUGCUGACCAGGGGAUUUACACCUGCACAGCCCAAAACCUGCUCUCCAAUCGCACCGCAACAUGGACUCAGGAACUGCUGGUCUACUAUGUUCCGGACAGACACCCGAACUGCAGCUGGGAAGAGGCCAGCAGUCCGGACCUGGUCCACUUUAACUGCUCCUGGUUCGGGGGCUACCCUGUUCCCACCCUGCAGGUGUUCCUGGCUUCUGAAACAGACGCAGUAGAGCAUGACCUGGAGUCAGAGAUCACAGAGAACAUAGGGGUAACUCUGAACAGGACCAUGCUGCAUGAUGGGCAGAAGAUCACCUGUAAAGGGCAGCACACACUCAAACUGCCUGGGAGUGAAAAGUCCUGCUCCUUUAUACUCAAAGCUCCAUAUCCGGUGGGAGAGCCGCUGGUGGCGACUGUGGAGGGCAGUAACCUCACCCUUUCCUGCACAGAGGAUAAAUCCCUCCCUCCUGCUAAAACCGUGUGGCAGAAAGGAAAGAAUCAGGAGAAUAUCGUCCCCAGCUCUAAAUACAUCAUAAACAUCCAGGGCCCCGUUAUUACUCUCACCAUCGUCAACAUAACGAAGGAGGAUGAAGGUGUUUUUUACUGCUGGAGUGAGAAUGUUGUGGCUGCAAAAGAACUGCCGGUGUACGUUACUGUCAAGUCCUUUGCGGACAGGUCCGGGGUGGUGGUCGGUCUCUUCAUCUCCGUUGUGAUUGUCGUUGCUGGGGUCACGCUGGGGAUACUGGCGUACUCCCGCCGAGACAGGAUAUGUCUGAGUUUUGGAUUUAGUGCUUUCGAGGAGGACAGGACGGAUGUGUUGAGUCUGGUGGAGUCGGAUGAGGAGGAAGUUUUCCACGGCGCCGUUCCGAGACUCCCUCCCCUCUCUAACGGAUACGGGCCGACUCACACAACUACCAUGGUGGAGAUUCACCGGAUACAGUCCAGUGAUCAUGAGGACAAUGUAAACGACACGGAUCAAGCAGAGGAAUGAGAUGAAGCCUGAAUAAUAAGACAGAAAUGUAACGAUUGUACAGAACUUUUAUGAGUGUACAGAAGUUUUUUAAAACAGCCGCAGCUGUGGACUGUUUGUUGCAUGCAGGGAAAACAAAUGUUGUCUUGAUAUGUAUGUUGUGCUGUGUGUGUGGAUUAAAAUACUGUGAAUUGAA